GUUCAGACCUUGACGGUGAUGAGUACAUUGUGAUUUGGGAACCAGACCUCUUCUUUCCUGGAUCAAACAGAGAGCCCAUGGUGUUCAGCGACACUUCUAUCGGAGCUCCCUCAACUGGAAACCUGGUGUGCGACUCUUUCCUCAUGCGUGCAUGGUCACCCUGUUUUGCCAGCGGCCAUCAAGUUGCGAAGACAAGCUAUCUACACCAUGUUAACUGCUUUGCCACGGUCACGGUUGAUGACGCUGCCUUCGCACAUUGCUGCCAAGGUCAGAUCGGUACAAAAGCAGCGCAACGACACAGAAUCUCCUGGAUUUGCGGCCACGAGCUACAAGCGCUAAUUUUCUGUUCUGAUUUGUUAUAGAGGCAUGAUCUGGAUGGGACUUAGAUUAUCCAUGGACAGUGACAUCAUUCGUUUCCUGUGCCAGUACAUCCUUAAUGACAGUGUAGGUGUCAUGUCUAAUGCACACCUGGCCUGGGCUGACCAGCUUCCAGAUGGCAUUUGCUCUUCCACCUGCCUUGCUCUUGCCGAGAAGAUCUCUACCUGCCUCGACUUUGCAAAGACUGGCAUCUCUGCACAACUCAGCCGACACGAACGAGUCCAGAAGUAUCCCGAUUUCAUGGCCAAGAGGGGGAUCAAACCCACUUAUCGGUCUGCAAGGGUACUGGGAGAACUCUAUCGCCUGAACAAAACACUGAUCAGCAGCAUUUGGCACACAUUAAAUGAGACUGAUUUUCACUGCAACCUGUUUGAUUACCCUGGGUGGCAGAAGCACCGACAUGCUGCAGAGAGUGCCCGGAAUGUUUACGAGGUCAUGAUGUGGAAGAUCAUGGAUCAAUAUGGCAUUGAGAGUGAAGCUGAAGUGGUAGCAGGGAUCAUUAACAGUGUCUCUCGCUACAACAAGAGCAAACUGGACAAAACCAGUGUGGAAACCCUGGUCUCUAAGCAAUACCAGGAUGUCACUGAAGCAAUGCAGAAGCAGUUUGUUGUGGAUGUUGAGGUAGCCUCUCGACAAGAUCAAAGCCAGCGGACAACGUUGCUGGAGAUGGCUUCUGCCUGGUACAUGGUGACUUGCAGUGAUCGGCAAUUUAAGAAGCAGUUCUUGGGGCUUCCAUGGUGCAUCGUAGACAGCCUGUUGCUGCUUUUGAGAGAGCGAAGCUGUGCAAAGCUGACAGACAAGCCAGUAUCACAGAACUUGUUGGCUGCAAAGAUAAAUCAGCAGAGCUUUGGUCGUUCGCCUGAGGAUGAUGCAUUUGACAUGCUGUGUGCCUGGGCGCGAAAUGAAGAUUUGUUGUGUGAUACUGUUACAAAGGCUUCCCAGGUUUGUAUGUCAUGCUUGAAGCAGGCUUUCCAGCAAUUUGUGUCUAGCAGCCAGUGUUCAACUGAAGCGCCUGUUGUACCAAGCAUUGUCGCAUCUCAGGGAGAUUCGGUCAAAUGUGGGCAGACUGCUGGCGACUACGUUUGUGGGUUUCUUCGCUACCUUACCAUGGCGCUGACAGUGCUUCCUCUCUGCAAUGAGUGCAGCUCACCUUCUGGUCAAGUAUACAAGCUGACAUUGGCAGCUUUGCACCGUUACUCUAGGCUGGCUAUAUCGAGGGACGUCUGCUGUUUUGAUCUUCCUUGUGACCCCAAGCUCCACGACAGUACAGAAGAUGUACAAGAGUCUGAUCCCAUCCGGAUAAAUGUUCAAACCACUCAGUUCCUGGGCAUGUUGCGGGAGCAGGAAGACUUGGUGAAGCAACUGCUUUGCCGGUGGACGGGUGUGGAGCAGGUCAACAUCCACCUCUACAGCUACCGUUCGCGCAAAUACCAUUAUUUCAUUGUCACAGCCGUUGGGCGCCAGUGGCAGUUGUGUUGUUUCGAUGAACUGAUAGCACAGCCAUGGCUUGAAAACGCCAUCAUCAACAGGAGGCUGGGUUAGCCUACAACUUGGCUCAGACUAGAGAAUGGCCCUGUUUUAGAUUAGCCACACAAUCGACAUCUAGAUAGAAAGCAGACUUUCUAUAGGGAGCCACAACAUCCUUCUGAUAAGGAUGCAACCAUGCAAGGGCUAUGCAGUAUUCAUUACAUGUGUAAAAAAAGACUGUUAAAAUCUCCUAUGAUCAUACUUUUGCCAGUAGCCCAUUCAAAUACGCUUCCUUCCCUGGGAAGGUCCUUGUUUUGUUAAUAUCCUGCCAUUUAGGCUACACCUUCAGACAUGUAGAACUACUGCUAAAGGUAGCCAUGGACUGGAGACGGCCACCACCAGGACAUGGCACAAAUUGUGGAUUGCAAGCUGACUGGUGGCAUGCUUCUUUUUCCUCCAAUUUUCGUUAUCUUAGAUGAUGUCACAGCAUUUCAUUUUUUCUUGUUAUCACUGAUUGUUAGCUCUUUGUUAUGUUCACUCAUUUAAUCAAUGUUAUAUUCCACCCUGUUCUGUCAUUCCAUAUCUUGCCUUGGCAAGGAUGAGCCUGCCACAGUCCUGGUGUUAUUGUGUUGCUAUGUUCACAAGGGUACCAAAAGUGAGCUCUGCUCAUCUCAUUUUUGUCACCAGACAUUAAAAACUUGUACUCUAUGUUAAGCUCAGAAUUACUUGGUUCUAUUUAUAUACAUUUUUACCUUGCUUCAGUAUCACUUGAUUCUUUCAUAGUGAGGUUUACUUAAAGUUCAUGUCUACCUUUCCAAAUGUGACACAUUUCACUGGAUACUUUAGCAUGUUGUCAAUACUAGAAACUUGACAAGCAUGCAACAACUCGAUGCAAAAGCCAGAAUGACUUUGUAUGUUAAAACACUGCCAGUUAAUCUUCAUAUUAUCAGUCAGUUUUUGUGCAUUUCAAGAAUUAGUGCUUGCGUGAUUUUCAAAGAUUUCACGAAUGUUCAAGUGCCUUUCGAACAUAUACAUUGUUGAUACAACCUAGUAGCUGCACUCAUUGCUACUGUUUUGUGGUGUUAGUUCUCGGGUUUUAAGUGUUUGCUGUCUGGAUGUUUCAAGAACUAACCGACCAAUACACAUGUAUUUUGUAACCGUUUAUAUUUAUUGUUCUUUAUAGGCAAGUAGUCUAUUAAUGAAACACACACAAAUUAGUGACUUAAGCUGAUCUAAUCUUGCUAUUAAAUUUGAAUCUCUAUUGCCAUGUAUACUUAAUAUUUUUACAGCUGUUGUAUGGACCAAAAGUAUGAGGUAUUUCUAUAUAUUUCUUUCUCUGUAACAAGCUGUUACAAUAAAUGUUUGCCCAUUCA